AUGAUCUUCGCACAUGUUGAGCUGGAUUCUGUUACAACACCAAGCGACAUCGUUUCUAUCCCCGAGGGAAAGCUCAAAAUCAAACGGGUAACAAGCUGCGCUAUAUCAUUUUGCGCUAGGAACUACAACAUUUCUGUUUCUCACGGUACCCUCACCGAGCAAGACUGGGGGCGCAUCUUCUUUGAUGAUGGUGGAGUCGUGUGCUGGAUACCAGACCGAGCUCUGAGGAAAGCAUCAACCCAAGAGGCUCCCCUCCCUAAACCUACUCAUGGUUCUGAAUACUCAAUCUGCUACGUUGUCCCAGAACCUAGGCUCAUAUACGACAAUGUGGUCAGUGGCUUCUCUGGACAGACUUUCUGGGAAUGGUCAGUGGGGCACUUAGGAGGGGAUUGGAUAUUCAAAGACGCCGGGGAGAAAUCUGUUCAUAAUGACGAUUCCAUUCCCAUGACCUCGAGAAUAAUGGAGCUUCGUUUUGAAGAAGUGACAAAGAACGUUGCUGCAUCUUUAACCAAAGACAUUCUUGAUAAUAGCACCGACACUGUAAACGGCAGGGUGUUCGCUACUGAGGAGCAUAUUUGCUUCAAUUCACUCUGGACUAUUUUCCCAGCGUUGGUUCUUACAUCUGGUGUUGCAUUCUAUAUAACAACAGUAUGGGCCGGUCAGCUCGAAGGGGUUGGCGUAUGGAAGGCAACUAUAUUGCCCGUGCUAUACCAUGGAAUUGAACCAAGUAUAUCGAACAGUCAUCGUGACCUUGAGACUGUUAGCAAGAUGGGUUCGGUAUCUCAGAUGACCGAGGUUCAACUCCAGUCAGAUGAUUCGAGGGGAGGCAUGGUACUACGUUGA